CAUGGUUCACUCUGAGCCGAGGUUGCCCCACCCCGUCGCUGCCUCGCUCGCGCUCCCCUGCCUCGCUCGCUUUUAAUAUUAAAAUCGCCCCCCCCCUCGCCCUCCUCGGCGGGGGAAAUGCAGGGAAGAGGAAGGCAAAUUAAAUAGGGAGCGGGGAAGGGGGGGCCGCGGAAGGGAAGCUCCCCCAUAGGAGAGUUAUUUUUGUUUUGGGGGAGGAGAUCCACACUGCGUUUUCCUCUCUGCUGCCUCUUUCCUCCUCCUCCUCCUACCCCCUCCCGUCCCCUUUACCCCUCGUCUCCCCGCAUUUGCCGGAGAGGCGAGAGCCGAUCGAGCCGCCGGGAAGCCGAAUGUGAAUAAGCAAAAGGGCGAGGAGGAGGAGAAGGAGAAAGGCGGAGAGGGCCUUGGAUUUGUACAAACCACCAUUAAGGGCAGGAAGACGCACGGUCGCCGCCGCCGCCGCACCGCAGGCUGGAGAGAAGGAGGAAAAUCUAUCCAGCCCAGCCCGGAACGCAGAAGGGACUCGCCUUCUUUUGCCUUGCCCGACGCCGCGGAAAGGUUAGCGGUGACCCUUUUCGGGCGCUUCACCCACUUUGCAAGAGGCGCCUUGGAAGUGGGAGCCGCGAGGCGGAGGAGGAGACAGAGAGAAAAGGGGCAAUUUUUAGCGCCCCCCCUCCCAAAAAAAAGAGAGAAAAGGGGGCAGCCAAAGAAGAGAGGGACGUUGCUAGAGCUUCGGUGCCCGGAGUUGGGAGGGUCUCCCCCCCCUCCCUCCUGCCCUCCUCCGGCUUUCUGGAGCUUGCUGCUGCUGCUGCCGCCGUCGCCUCGAUCCUGAAGGAUUAUAUGUAAAGUGAAGAAGAAGAAAAAGACAAUUUGGCUUUUAUUCUGUUCCCCACCACCCCCACCGGCGGAGGUGGCGUGGAAGCUGGAGAUAUUUAAAGAAAAAACCCACCCAGAUUUGGUGGUGGCUCUCCCUGCGGGGUUUGGUGGGGGGGGGAGGAGGAAAAGGGAAGCCAAUUUUUAACCCGUGAUCCUUCCCCCUUCGGGUGGCUGCCGACCUCCCGACGUUCCCUGCCCCCCCUCCCAUAUUGCCUCCCCCCCCACCUUUUUUUGUGUUUGUGUGUGCGCGCUUUUUUUUUUAAUUGGGGGGGAAAUCUGCAUUGCGAGCGGAUCUGGCGGCGGUGUUAGGGGAGAAGGAGGUGAAGGCCCGGCUUGAGCGGUAGCAAAGUCAUCGCUCUUCCCCCCCCCCCUUUCCCCGGCCCCCACCCCGUUGUAGGCUCCGGGUUCUCCAUGUCUUUGGGUAGCGACAGCUGUGCGUGAAAGGAUAAUAUUGAACGGGGGGCAAGGAGACUCGCCGCCGCCUCGCCCGCCACCCCCGAUCGCUUCCUGCUUCCCUUCCUUUCCCCCUUUCCCCCCCUCCCCCUCCAUUGCACUCACCCGCCCCCCCCAAGAUGGGCUGUUUAGGGAACAGCAAGACUGAGGAUCAGCGCAACGAGGAAAAGGCGCAGCGAGAGGCCAACAAGAAGAUCGAGAAGCAGCUGCAGAAGGACAAACAGGUCUACAGGGCCACGCACAGGCUCCUCUUGCUGGGUGCUGGUGAAUCUGGUAAAAGCACAAUUGUCAAGCAAAUGCGGAUCUUGCACGUCAAUGGAUUUAAUGCAGACUCGGAGAAAAAAAUGAAAAUUCAAGAUAUUAAAAAUAAUAUUAAAGAAGCUAUAGAGACAAUAGUAACAGCGAUGGGAAACCUGGCACCACCAGUUGAACUAGCUAAUGCAGAGAAUCAGUUUCGAAUUGAUUAUAUAUUAAACUUAGCAAAUCAGAUAGAUUUUGACUUCCCACUGGAAUUCUAUGAACAUACAAAAACACUUUGGCAAGAUGAAGGUGUGAAAGCGUGCUAUGAAAGAUCUAAUGAAUAUCAAUUGAUUGACUGUGCUCAGUAUUUCCUAGACAAGAUUGACAUAGUCAAGCAAAAUGAUUAUACACCAUCUGACCAGGACCUUCUUAGAUGCAGAGUUCUGACAUCAGGAAUAUUUGAAACCAAGUUUCAAGUCGACAAAGUAAAUUUCCAUAUGUUUGAUGUUGGUGGGCAAAGAGAUGAACGUCGAAAAUGGAUCCAGUGUUUCAAUGAUGUAACUGCUAUAAUAUUUGUGGUAGCCAGCAGUAGCUAUAACAUGGUUAUAAGAGAAGACAAUCAGACCAACCGGCUUCAAGAAGCAUUAAACCUCUUCAAAAGUAUCUGGAACAACAGGUGGCUACGGACCAUUUCAGUUAUUCUUUUCCUGAACAAACAAGAUUUGCUAGCAGAGAAAGUUUUGGCAGGCAAAUCAAAAAUUGAAGAUUACUUUCCAGAAUUUGCUCGUUACACGACCCCAGAAGAUGCAACACCAGAACCUGGCGAGGAUCCUAGAGUUACAAGGGCCAAGUAUUUUAUUAGAGAUGAAUUUCUUAGAAUCAGCACAGCCAGUGGAGAUGGACGGCAUUACUGCUACCCUCACUUCACCUGCGCCGUAGAUACGGAAAACAUUCGGAGGGUUUUCAAUGACUGUCGGGACAUUAUUCAAAGGAUGCAUCUUCGCCAAUAUGAGUUGUUGUGAUGGAGCGCACUUUUUCCUCUGUUUUGGACUCCUUGUUCCUUACUAAAAAGAAAAAAAAAAAACCUGACCCGCAUAAGGUGGAAGAGAACUGCUGCAGUCUCUCUCUCUCUCUCUGAUUUGCAUCCCUCAGUCUUUUUUCCUUGCUGGACAAAGAGCAGCCUUUCUGUCUCGUUUUACUCCCUUGGAAUGGUUGGAAAUAGUCCCCGAAAAAGAAAAAAAAAAGGCUAUUUCUGCGGUCAGGGUGAGGUUUUCCUCUUUAACACGGCCCUUAACAAAACAAAAACCCAAACAAUGCAAAACAAAAGAAUUAAUGCCGAAGGGUGAAGCACCUGAGAGGAUUUGGGAUUUCAAUUAAACAUUUAAAAGCAGACAAAAAAAAAUACACACACAAAAAAAAGAGGAGGGAGAACUUUAGAUAAUCAUUACUGUUGUGGGCAUGAUCAUUUAACCCAUGAUUUCAACUCUCUAUCCAUUCACUGCGUCCAACUAAGGAAGGUGUCAAGUUCUAAGGGCAGCCGCUUCGGUUUGGGUUUUUUGCCUCUGAAUGUGACUUUGAGUGGAAAUACUGACAUUUCUACUGCAAACCUAGAC